AGGGCUCAUGUAAUCAAAGGAGUUUCUUUGUUGUGUGUAUCUUUUCAGAACACAACAGGAAUUCAAAAUGAAUCAGUGCCCUUGUCAUUUCAUUCACUGUUGACAAGUUGUAGUGCCAGAACACAACUGAAUCUGCUGUCACUGUGGAGACCUUAGAUGAUGUACCUGAGCACGUGCUUAGGGGGCUUCCUGAGGACGUGAGGCUCUUCCCAUCUGCUGUUGACAAGACACGGCUUGGUGUCUGGGCAACGAAAUCAAUUUUAAAAGGCAAGAAGUUUGGACCGUUUGUUGGUGACAAGAAAAAAAGAUCUCAAGUUAAGAGCAAUGUAUACAUGUGGGAGGUGUAUUACCCAAACCUGGGAUGGAUGUGUGUUGAUGCAACGGAUCCAAAGAAAGGGAACUGGCUGCGAUAUAUAAACUGGGCACGUUCAGGAAAGGAGCAAAAUCUAUUUCCUCUGGAGAUCAACAGGACCAUAUACUACAAAAGUUUAAAGCCAAUCGCGCCCGGCGAGGAGCUGUUGGUGUGGUACAAUGGGGAGGACGACCCGGAGAUAGCCGCCGCUAUUGAGGAAGAGCGAGCCAGCGCCCGGAGCCGGCGGCACUCCCCGAAAGCCAAGAAAGGAAAGAGAAAAACUCAGGAAGGUAAAAACAAGGGAAAGAAGGCAGCAGAUACAAAGCAGAAAAAGCCUGAUUUGGAUUCUACUUCUGCAGAUAUGAGGGAUUCUAAGGAGGGUCAUAAAGAGGAAGAUGAAACGCCUUCUGUUUCUGCUGUGCUGUCCCUGGAACAAACAGCUGUGAUUCAGGAAAUGGUAAACCAAGAUGUACUUCCAAAGCUGAUGAUCCCCAGUCCUGCUAGUGAACUACAAAUAGUGACUGAAGACAAACAAGCAGAAGCAAUAAACUGUGCAUCGGAUGAUUUAGAUGAUGAUGAAGAGGAGGACGAUGACGAAGAGGAAGAUGAAGAGGAUAUAGAAGAUACCAAUAUGCCUAAAGAAAAUGCUGAAAUGCCUUUGAUAUGCGAAGAAAAGUUAGACUCUAUGGAAGAGCAAAAGAGUACAUCAGAAGAAUCUCCAGAAAGCUCUCCAAAGAAAAAACUGGUUGUGAAAAUUCCAAAAGCGAGAGGUGAAUCAAAUGGUGAUGUUCAGGAAACUUUCAUGUUUCCCUGUCAGCAUUGUGAGAGGAAGUUUACAACAAAGCAAGGACUUGAACGCCACAUGCACAUCCAUAUCUCUACUAUUAACCAUGCUUUCAAGUGUCGAUACUGUGGGAAAGCCUUUGGUACUCAAAUUAACAGGCGGAGACAUGAGAGGCGCCAUGAGGCAGGGCCAAAAAGGAAACCAUUCUUAACACUAACGUCAUCACAACACUUGGAUAACGUUGCUGAUAACCAAGUAAUUGUGGAUGAUGGUCUUAAAGAUGACCUGAACGCUUCCAAUCUUGUGCAAGACUCUGCUGUCUUGGAUUCUGAGAAAGUUUCCCAAGAAAUGUCAAACUCCGCUUUUGCUGAAGAAAAUAAGGAGCCCAAAGAAUUGCAUCCAUGCAAAUACUGCAAAAAGGUUUUUGGAACUCAUACCAACAUGCGGAGGCAUCAGCGUAGGGUUCAUGAGCGUCAUCUUAUUCCCAAAGGUGUCAGAAGAAAAGGAUACUUUACUGAAGAGCCACCACUUCAGACAGAGCAGGCCACACCAGUGCAGAGUGUAUAUAUCGCAAGUACAGAAAUAGAAGAGGAAGGUGAAGUAGAUGAUGUCUAUAUUAUGGAUAUUUCCAGCAAUAUCUCUGAAAAUUUAAAUUACUAUAUUGAUGGCAAAAUUCAGUCCAACAGCAGCACUAGCAAUUGUGAUGUGAUUCAGAUGGAGUCCAACUCUGCAGACUUGUAUGGACUAAAUUGUAUAAUCAGUCCAGUCACGGUGGAAAUAUCCUCAAAUUUAAAGGUUACACAAACACAUGUGAACGAACCUCCCAAGGAACCCUCGAGCAGUGGGAGCAAUGAGUCCAAAAAGAGGAGAACUGCCAGCCCUCCUCUUGUACCAAAAAUAAAAACUGAAAUAGACCCAGAACCCAUAACUCCUACUAGUUCUUUAAAUGUCCCUCUUAGCAUUUCAACAGAAAGCUUACCUUUUCAUAAAGAAAAAGGUGUCUAUUUGUCAUCAAAAUUAAAACAGCUUCUUCAGACACAGGACAGCACGAAGAUAACUCCGCCAAGUGAAAUCCCUAAACUAGGACCUUCUGUUACAUCAUCGCCCAUUUUGCCUCCAGUAUCCAGUAGAUUUAAAAGAAGGACCAGUUCUCCUCCCAGUUCUCCACAGCACAGCCCAGUACUUCGAGACUUUGUCAAAUCAGGUGAAGGAAAAACUGUGUGGAAUGAUAAUAUUCGGAGUUCAAAAAUGCCAAAGUUGGAAAGCCACAGCAACUCACCUGCUUGGAGCCUGACUGGAAGGGAGGAAAAAGAGACUUUGAGCCCUCUUUGCUUCGAAGACUAUAAAAUAUCAAAAGACUGGACAGCAGCUCCGACUUUCGGCAACGUGUGCAACCAGCAGCCCCUGGAUUUAUCUAGUGGUGUGAAACAAAGGUCUGAUGUCAAAAAUAAGAAUCAGGUUCCCUGGGAAUCUGUUUUAGAUUUAAGUGUGCAGAAGAAGCCUUGCAGUGAUGCUGAAAUUAGGGAAUAUAAGGAAAAUUCCAUACAGCCAACCUGCAGUGGUGUUAAAAAGAAGAAGCCAACCACUUGCAUGUUACAGAAGGUUCUGCUGAACGAGUACAACGGCACGGAUGCAGCCACAGACAGCACGCUCGCUGUAAACAAGAGUGCGAGCCCAAGCAAAGCCCUGGAGCCUCAGGCAGAACCUAAUGUGGAUCCCAGUUUAUCUGCAUCGGCUUCUGUUGACAUUCAGCCCCUUAGUUCCUCUGUCUCCCCGGUGCCACCAGCAUCUGCUGCACCCUCCGUGUGCCAGCUGCCUCCUUUGUUAACACCAACCCACCAUCCAUCCCCACCACCCUGCCCACCUGUCUUAACAGUGGCUACAUCACCUCCUCCCCUUCUUCCAACGAUGCCGUUACCAAUUCCCGAUGUCUCUGCCAGUGCCACUAACACUUCUUCUUGCCCAUCGCCGCUUUCCAACACUACUACCCAGUCCCCACUGCCAGUUCUUUCACCUACCGUGUCUCCUUCUCCAUCUCCUGUUCCUUCUGUUGAACCUCUUAUUUCUGCUGCAUCGCCUGGUCCUCCCACGCUCUCUUCCUCAUCAUCUUCUUCCUCUUCCUCCUCUUUCUCCUCCUCUUCAUCAUCUCCAUCUCCACCACCUCUUUCUGUAGUUUCUUCUGUUGUUUCCUCUGCUGAUAAUCUUGAAAAUACUCUCCCAAUAAUAAAACAGGAAGAAGCUGAACAUGAACAACAGAAAGCGAGAGAAGAUCCUCAUACUUCAAGCGAAUCAGGAAUAGUGCAGGAAACAUUCAAUAAAAGCUUUGUGUGCAAUGUCUGUGAAUCACCUUUUCUUUCUAUUAAAGACCUAACGAAGCAUUUAUCCAUUCAUGCUGAAGAAUGGCCCUUCAAAUGUGAAUUCUGUGUACAGCUUUUUAGGGAUAAAACAGACUUGUCGGAACAUCGCUUUCUGCUUCAUGGUGUAGGAAAUAUCUUUGUUUGCUCGGUCUGUAAAAAGGAAUUUGCUUUUUUGUGCAAUUUGCAACAGCAUCAGCGGGAUCUCCAUCCAGACAAAGAGUGCACACAUCAUGAGUUUGAAAGUGGAACUUUGAGACCCCAGAAUUUUACUGACCCCAGUAAGGCCAAUGUGGAGCACAUGCAGAGCCUGCCAGAAGAUUCUUUGGAACCUUCUAAAGAGGAGGAGGAUGAAGAUCUAAAUGAUUCCUCUGAAGAGCUUUAUACUACUAUAAAAAUAAUGGCUUCUGGAGUAAAAUCUAAAGAUCCAGAUGUUCGUAUGGGCCUCAAUCAACACUACCCAAGCUUUAAACCACCUCCAUUUCAGUAUCACCAUCGCAAUCCUAUGGGUAUUGGGGUUACUGCAACGAACUUCACUACCCACAAUAUUCCACAGACUUUUACUACUGCCAUUCGAUGCACAAAAUGUGGGAAAAGUGUUGAUAACAUGCCCGAGUUACACAAACACAUCUUGGCCUGUGCAUCUGCCAGUGAUAAAAAGAGAUACACACCUAAAAAAAACCCAGUACCACUGAAACAGACAGUGCAGCCUAAGAACGGCAUGGUUGUCAUAGCCGGGCCUGGAAAGAAUGCCUUCAGACGAAUGGGUCAGCCUAAAAGACUUAAUUUCAAUGUUGAGAUGAGCAAAAUGUCCUCAAAUAAACUAAAAAUAAGUGCAUUGAAAAAGAAAAAUCAGCUUGUUCAGAAAGCUAUCUUGCAAAAAAAGAAAUCUGCCCAGCAGAAGGCAGAAUUGAAAAGUAAUUCAUCCGAGUCAGACCCUCACAUCUGCCCCUACUGUAACAGAGAGUUUACUUACAUUGGAAGUUUGAAUAAGCACGCGUCAUACAGCUGUCCCAAAAAACCCAUCUCUCCCUCUUCUAAAAAGAAUGCUUCAAAAAAAGGUGCAAGUUCUUCUUCGCCAGUGAGCAGUGAUAAAGGCAACAACCAGCGCAGGCGAACGGCAGAUGCGGAAAUCAAAAUGCAGAGCAUGCAGCCGCACUUGGGUAAGACGAGAGCACGGACCUCAGGACCUGCACAAAUCCAGCUUCCCUCUGCAUCCUUCAAAUCAAAACAAAAUGUUAAGUUUGUACCUCCCAUGCGAUCUAAAAAGCCAAAUUCGUCUUCGUCAUUGAGGAACUCUAGUCCUGUAAGAGUGUCCAAAAUGUCCCAUGUUGAUGGGAAAAAAACUAAGGUCGCUAAGAAUGGUUCCUCUGGAAUCUCAAGCAAAGCGUCCCGGAAAUUGCACGUCAGAAUGCAAAGGAAUAAUAAAGCUGGGUUGCCAAGUAAGGCUGCUGUGGCAAGUAAGAAAAAGGCAGACAGAUUCACUGUAAAAUCCAGAGAGAGGAUUGGAGGACCUAUUACCCGAAGCCUACAGCAGGCGGCAAACGCAGAGGCAGCAGAAAACAAAAAAGAUGAAAGCAGUACAAAGCAAGAACUAAAAGAUUUCAGUUACAGGCUCCGCGUGGCCUCUAGAUGUCCCUCCUCCUCUUCGCAUAACACCAGCUCCAGGCAAGGCAAGAAAUCCAGCUGCGCCGCAUCCCACUUCGUCAAGGAAUAGCCCCUUCUGCAUGUCCAACCACACCAGGCACUAGGAACUUUUGACUGGAGAAGGUGAGGUGAAGUGAUCCUCGAGCAUUAUCCUCUCCUGCUUUUUCUCAGAUGAGGUGAGACCGGUUCCUCCGGAGGGAACAAGGACAGUGGUUUCUUCUGCUGGAAGCAACGGAGCGCUUCUGUCACAGUGUCCUCCCUGCCAGAGGGAGAGGGACACAGCGUGGAGCAGGCUCCUGCCUUCUCCAGAGAGUGAUGAGCUGUGGGUGCUGGUGAGAUGACAGGGUGAUCUCCAGGUGCCCUGCUGUGUAGAGUCCAUGCAUCAACAGCCUGUGGAACAGCAUGGAGAAAUGUUCAGACAUUUGCAGGCAGAUUAACCGUGUUCAGAGGGUUGAUGGGUCUAGAUGAGUCUCCUCUUUCUUGUAGAACACAGAGGGGUUUAACAUACUAUGCAAUUCUGAAAAGACUGUUACAUCCUUUUAGUUUCUACUUUACAUCCUAACGGGUAAAAAACUGGGCAUCCCACAAAAAUCCACUGAAGGGAGUGGUAGGUUUUGCUGAGGUUUCCACAUCUGAAGGCUGUGGGUACCCCAGUCUCGACUGUGCACCAUUAGCUUUAACGGGCAUGCUUUAACGCCAUUGCUUCCCAAGUGCAUCAGGACCCACAUUGUUAUGGGUUUUUUUUGAAAACCACCUGUGAAGUGAUCUCUGUGAAAUGCACUGAUAGCCCAGUGUCAUAAAGGGACAAACAUCCAUUUCUCCAAAACUGCCAUUGCAUUUGUCGCCAGUCUGGGACUCCUGGCAGAGUCAGGAUUUCUCUCGUUAGUGAGAGUAUCAAAGACACAUGUUGCCAUGCAGCAUCAAGCAACAUUUUCCUUGAAAUACAGAGCUUGUGUUUGCGACCCUCAAUAGAAGUGUGUUUAGUUUCAGUGGUCCUGCAGAGAGGGCAUCUGUGAAGGUAUCUGACAGCCAGUAAAGACAAGUUGCAGAAACACAGGUCAGUCGCUAAAAAGCAGUGCAAAAAGGUCUCUUACCUCCUGCUCCAAAAUGGUGACAAUCACACAUGGGUGCAUCAUCUGGCAGGGCACUUCUCCAGCCCCUGCACAUUUCACCUCUGAGAUGAAGGGUUCCUUCUAUCAAGACAAGUUUUUUCAGGAUCCCUGCUGACAUAGAGUCUGGGUUUGGGAUUUUUCAAGGAGGCCAAGGGGGUCGAUUGCCCUGUUUCCCCCUUGUUUCAGUCAAUUCAUUCCUCUCCUUGUCUUUGCACUCCACACAGAUAAGCAUGUCUGUGUAUGCACACCUUAGUUAAGAAAAAACAAGUGCCCGGUUGAUACUCCUCCCCACCACCCUGAAAAAGUCAAAAAAAGGAUCAAUUUUUUAUAUAUCUACAUAUAUAUAUGAGAACCAUAUAUAUGAAUAUAUAUAUGUAUGAAAUUGCUGAAAACAGUUAAUUUUUUAUAGUUUUGAUGAAAAUCAAUUUGUUCAAAAUGAAUACAAAAGCUUUAAACGAAAAACAUUGGUUUUGUUCACCGUAAAAAUGUUUUAGCUACGUGUUGUUUGAGUUGGAAAGAAAAGGUCUCCAGGAUCUUGUAUUAUUUAGCUACAGAUUUUUUGGAUAACCCCCUACUGGAGCCCUUCUAAGUGCAAUUGUGGUUUGGGGGAAGGCUGAGAUGCCGAGAACUAGAUGAGCCAUAGAAAGCUACAUCCCCUCCUGUGUUGGAAGUGAUGCUUCCAGUUGAAGACUGUGAGAGCAUUGAGAUGCAGGCUUUGUGGGGAGAGCUUGUGCCAUUGCCAGCUCCUCUGUCUCUUUAUGAGAGCGGAGAGUCUCUAGGAUUUGUCCCUUCUUGAGCUUUUUUGCUAGCAAUAAUUUCCUCUUGAAAUAUGUGAUGUACAAAUUCCAAACAAAGGCUGAAAUUUUUCACAGCAGCCUCGGAAGACUGAGAUUCUCAUUAUUCAUUAAAACUUGUCGGAAGCGAGUAUCCAAAUCUGCUAGGCAGCUUGGUAAAUAUUGGUCAAAUAGCACAGAAAUUAAGUUUCCUGGCCUUAUGUGUAUCUCAAAGAAGUUGGCGUGCACAUAGAGCUCUCUAAUCACUUUGGCUCACAUUAGUUUUGCACAUUAUCAUUCUUAUUUUCUCUCCACAUUUUCUCCUUCUCAUCAUCUAGUAUUAGUAUGGUAAACCCUGUUCUUUCAAACAGGAAUUAUCUUCCCAUGUGUCUGGACAGCAUCUAGAUCAUUGGAAAGAUGAAUUAUACAGUGCUAAUAAAAACCAGCUCCGAUAUACUCUGUCUUAAAGUACCAGUAUGAUAUGCCCUUGCUUUCCCAGCACAGCUUUGUUAGGCGUUUUGUCGAAGAUCACACUUACUGUACAAAUUCUCACCGGUCACAUGAGGAUGGUUGCUGAGGAAGAGCUUUCUUGCCAUCCAGCCCAAAUCCUGCUGGAAACAAAUCCGUUCUUCCGAGACCCACUCGACUUCCAGGAACAGUAAGUUAAAUUAAGUACAGAGUUUCUGGCACGGAUGCUGCUGAGUUUAGUGCCUUUAAGGCAUGCCAAUGAGGUUAUUAGAGGUCACUUUUUGUGCAAUUUAUUUUUGCUGCUUUUUUUAGAGUGGUAUUAACUAUAAUAACUGACAAACUCAAGGAGAGAAGUGUGUAAAUUGUUGUGAUAUACGAACAUUUUCCCCAGAGAAAUUCUGGUUUAUCACAUAAGCCUGUAAAUAUGUAUUUACAAUUUUAAAAGCACGUCUUUAUGUCCCUGGUUGUAAAUGCUCCAUUUUUAAAGUUUUAUAACGUGUGUUACUUAACCAAGAGACCACAGUACACAGCUUUAUAUUGUUUUGGUCUAUUUGAAGGAUCCAUAACGCUCUAAGCUGUGGCAGAAAAUUAUCCACACCACUGACAAGAAAUAACUCAUGGUUACACCAGACUUUUCGUCAUUUUCCCUCAGAUAACAAAUGGAGUUUUUUUGGGAGGACGGGGGAGUUUCUUGCAGAAAAAAGAAUCAGUUCAAAAUGGUGUCAUUUCUCUAGGACAAUGAUAUUUUAUUCACAGUAAAUUCAGGAAAGUAUGCCUUUUUUUUUUCCAAGGCAGAAUUUCACAGUUUUGCAGCAAAUUUUUAACCUCCCCCGUGCCUGCUGAUGAAACGUGAAAUUUUGCCCUUGACUAAUAUCACAAGGUCUUGUGAAAAUUCAAGGAGAGGGUGGGGAAAAAGCUCAGGUUUGCAUGUAGGAAUUUGUGAGGCUGACACCGGUAGUUCUGUUGUGCUGAUACUGAGAAGUUUAUUAAAAAUAAACUGUUUGGAGAUGUGGUAUUACCUGGUUGGCGCUGGGGUUCUGAACAUUGCUCUGGAAGACUGAAAGCUCUGCUGUCUGUCUGCCGUGUAAAGAGAAAGAACAACAAUAAAUUAAUGUGACAAACCGCA